AUGAAGACAGCACAUGUUGUUAUUUUACUAUUGAUCUGUUUUAAUUGUUUAACACUCAUACAUGCUUUUUCACUUUGUCAAGAGGGUUCAAUGUUUCCUGAUUGGAUGAUUGGAAAUUUUCACGCACAAUUUGCCGAUGGCUCAUCGGCAAAUGGAAGCUUUGGUUUAUGGUAUGCAAAUGUUACGUUCUCCACUGGUGAUUAUGGUCGGUUAACAAUGACAUCACCACUACAUAAAGGUGAUGGUUUUUAUGUAUUUCAUGAAUGUGUUCAUAUUAAUGGAGUGGAACCUCAGCAUCGAUGCUCACUUUUAGUUCGUAAUCCUAUUGGUGGUUAUACGGAAUAUAUUCAUAAAGAUCCCAAACUUGUUCCUCUCUGUCCAAAAUCAUUAGUCUCAUUAGACCUUGAAAUUGAAAUUGUUACUAAAAUCAACUAA